AUGAGUGUUGCUUGUCGUCCGAGCUUUGGCCUCCGCGGUACGGACUCCGACCAUCUGACCAUGACAAUGCUGCUGUUCGACCGCCGUCUCAGUUCAUUGUAG